UCAGACACUAAAAUAAAGAUCAGAGACAAUGCUUAAAAUGGAGUGAAUGCCAGUGUUAACCAAAGCUGUAAACGUUUUUUAAAGAGCCACUAGUAGGAGAAGACGGCUGCAGAUGCACAAGGCUAGCACAGCAUCGGGCUAGCCGCUAGCGGCUAAUGGGCUAACAGCUACUAGCUUAGCUGCAGCGAAGCUCGCGAAGUGACGAUGAGUGGUCAUGGAGUCCGGAGAUGAUGAUGAGGUUUUUGCUGAUGGUCAAACUGUUCACGCACUUCUCGCUAGUGUCUGUGCCUCCGAGUCCAGAGAUGAGCGGUCCUGUGUGUCUCCAGAGAACAUGGAUGUAGACGAGGAUGGCUUGUUUAAACACUCUACCACUCUGACCAACAAGCAGCGUGGGAAUGAGGUUACAGUGCGUCCAGCCACAUUAGACUCUCUGUCCAUUCACCAACUGGCAGCUCAAGGCGAGGUUUCCCAAGUGGCUGCACAUCUCAGUAAAGACAGUUCACUGCUCAGCAAACAGGAUGAACGGGGCUUCACUCCGCUCAUGUGGGCAGCAGCGUUUGGAGAGAAAGCAGUGGUGGAUUUUCUCUUGGAAAAGGGUGCAGACCCUAAAACAAUUGCGAGGGAGCGGGAGAGCGCCCUGACCCUGGCCAGCUCUGGAGGUUAUGUGGACAUUGUUGAGUCUCUUCUCAGACAUGGGGUAGACAUUAACACCUAUGACUGGAAUGGUGGAACUCCUCUUCUUUAUGCCGUACGAGGGAACCACCUCAAAUGUGUUGAGGCACUAUUAGCCAAAGGAGCAGACAUGACUAUUGAGUCAGACUCUGGAUACAGUCCAAUGGCUUUAGCUGUUGCCCUUGGACACAAAAAGAUUCAAAAACUUUUGGAGGAUCAUAUUCUGAAACUGUACAAGCCAACGCCACCAUCAUGACGCCAGUCAAAAUGGAUAACUGGAAGAGUGUGUGUUUUUAAGUUUGUCAGAUUUACACCUAGCUACUACUGCAGGUUAGAUUACUAAUACCUUUGUCACAUAUCAAUUCACAUUUGUUCAUUCAUAGACAGAUUCAAUUUUUGGUAUUGUGUAAAUUUUUUGUUUAAAAGUAAAAACUGUAAACACGUUAAAAUAAAAAAGUAUUUUUA